CUGAAGCAGACGCAAGAGGCCUUCACGCAUCACCGGCCAGCAGAGCAUGUGACAAGUCGCGGUCCGCGCACAGGCUGAGACAGUGGGCGUCUUCUGUACACCUACAGGGGCUGAGGUCAGGACGAUGGCUGAAUUAUCUUCCCCUGUUGUCAUGGACAACGGUUCGAGCACGAGCAGGGCGGGGUUUGCAGGAGCCUCCCAGCCGUCAUGUGUCUUCCCGUCCAUUGUCGGCAGGCCCAGGGGACAGGGCGUGAUGGUCGGUAUGGGACAGAAGGACAGCUACGUCGGUGACGAGGCUCAGUACAAGAAAGGUAUCCUCACCCUCAAGUACCCCAUCGAGCACGGUAUCGUCACCAACUGGGACGACAUGGAGAAGAUCUGGCAUCACACCUUCUACAACGAGCUCCGUGUUGAUCCAGAGGAGCACCCCGUCCUCCUGACUGAGGCUCCCAUGAACCCCAAGGCCAACCGUGAAAAGAUGACCCAGAUCAUGUUCGAGACCUUCAACACUCCCGCAAUGUCUUUGGCCAUCCAGGCUGUUCUGUCCCUGCAUUCCUCUGGCCACAAGACGGGUAUUGUUCUGGAUUCCGGUGAUGGUACAACACAUGUUAUUCCCAUAUAUGAAGGAUACUAUUUGCCACACGCUGUUUGUAAGACGAUAAUAUCGGGACGAGAUAUAACAGAUCACAUGCUUAAACUGCUCAACGACCGUGGAUGCAACUUCACCACCCGUGCAGAGUAUGCCAUCGUCAGAGAUAUCAAAGAGACGCUCUGCUACGUGGCCUAUGACUACAAACACGAGCUGAAUACGAUGACCAAGUCUACCAUAAACAAAACCUAUAUACAACCAGAUGGGACGUUCACCACAGUUGGUGACGAACGCUUCAAGUGCCCAGAGGUGAUUUUUAAUCCUCUAUUGAUGGGCGUGGAAAUGUCCGGGAUACAGGAUAUUUUGUCAAGGUCGUUACAGAUGUGUGACAGCUCUAUCCAUGGUCAGCUGUAUGGCAACAUAGCUUUGUGUGGAGGGUCGACACUUUUCCCAGGAUUCUCUGACCGCCUUCGGAAAGAGAUAGAAAAUGUAGCACCUGCUGGAACUACCGUCAACGUGAGAGCCCCACCCCAUGGACUCAUGUCAGCGUGGGUGGGGGGCUCGAUGAAGGCCGCCCUACCCUCCUUCAUGGAUGCUGUAAUGACGAAGGAUAUGUACGAUGAAUCUGGACCAUCUCUAGUCCAUCGAUGUUGUUUUUGA